UUGUUUGUUACAGCGAACACCAGCUGCUCUCCGCGCCGGGCGCCGUGCGCCGCCGCUCCGCCAGCGCUGCCGCCCUCGCCCGCCGCCCGCAGCCCGCCGCCCGUGGCCCCUCGCGGCUUGGCGGGCCUCUCCUUUGUCCGCCCGGCCCGACUGCGCCGAGCUCCCGGUCCCCGGGGCGGUUGCCCGCGGCGCUCGGUGCCGGCUGGGCGCGCAGGGGGCGGGGGCCGCGGCUCGCCCCUCGCGGAUGAGCCGCCGCGGAGCGCGGGCGGACGAUGGAACUCCACAUCCUAGAGCACCGGCUGCAAGUUGCCAGCGUCGCCAAGGAGAGUAUCCCGCUCUUCACCUACGGCCUGAUCAAACUUGCUUUCCUGUCCUCCAAGACCAGGUGCAAAUUCUUCAGUCUGACUGAGACACCGGAGGACUACACCAUCAUCGUGGAUGAGGAGGGCUUUCUGGAGCUGCCCUCCUCGGAGCAUCUGAGUGUGGCAGACGCCACCUGGCUGGCCCUCAAUGUAGUGUCAGGCGGCGGCAGCUUUUCCAGCUCCCAGCCCAUCGGGGUGACCAAAAUCGCCAAGUCGGUCAUCGCCCCGCUGGCCGACCAGAACAUCUCCGUGUUCAUGCUGUCCACCUACCAGACGGACUUCAUCCUGGUGCGUGAGCGGGACCUGCCCUUUGUCACCCACACCUUGUCUUCUGAGUUCACCAUUCUGCGGGUCGUCAACGGUGAGACGGUGGCAGCGGAGAACCUUGGCAUCACCAAUGGCUUUGUGAAGCCCAAGAUGGUCCAGAGGCCUGUCAUCCACCCGCUGUCCAGCCCUAGCAACAGGUUCUGUGUCACCAGCCUGGACCCCGACACGCUGCCCGCUGUCGCCACACUCCUCAUGGACGUCAUGUUCUACUCCAACGGCGUGAAGGACCCAAUGGCUGCCAGCGAUGACUGUGGCCACAUCCGCUUCUUCUCCUUCUCCCUCAUUGAGGGCUACAUCUCCCUGGUGAUGGACGUGCAGACCCAGCAGAGGUUCCCUAGUAAUCUGUUGUUCACGAGCGCAUCCGGAGAGCUCUGGAAGAUGGUGCGGAUUGGAGGACAGCCCCUGGGAUUUGAUGAGUGUGGCAUUGUGGCCCAGAUCUCGGAGCCCUUGGCUGCUGCGGACAUCCCCGCCUACUACAUCAGUACUUUCAAGUUCGACCACGCACUGGUACCAGAAGAAAACAUCAACGGCGUCAUCGGCGCCCUGAAAGUCAGCCAAGCAGAGAAGCAUUAGGAGGGGGUCUCUCCCCUCCCCGUCCACGCCCCAGCCCUGGGCCCAGCCCCACCUGAAGACUCUUCUUGCAGUAUUUCUCCAGACUGGAACACCAUCCCCAGGUCCCCCGAAGAAAGGGCCUCAGAGACAUCCCCAUUUGCUGACCUUACCAGGCCUGGAACCCAAGCCGGGACCUCCCCUGCCCUCCGGCCUUCCCAGAGCCCCCAGGCCCUCCAGAGAAUACCCCCUCCCCCUCCUCCCCCAACCCCCACUCCAGAAAAUGAUGCCUGAGGCCCAGGGAGCGUGUGAGCUGACCCACCUCCUCACCUGGCUUCGCCCACAGCUGGGAGCAGACACUGAAGUAAGCUGGCACCUCCUGCAAGACACCGGGGUCCCGAUUCACAUGUCUUUUUGGGGAGCAGGCCCAGUGGGGCUGAGUUCGUGCAGCCUGGGGCAGCCCCCGUGAGGGCGGGGAGUGGAUGCUAUGGUUGCUGGUCUCGGGUCCCAUCGGCUCAGGCUGGUUCUCGGAGUGGAGGCCAGUGGGCGGCCCUCGGGACACGCGUAGGUGAGGCUCCAGCGGGGCUCGGGUGGGGCGCCAAGCUGGGGGCGCCUGGAGCCGCCUGGGAGUUCCCCUGCCACAUACAGGGGGCCCGUGCCCCAACUCCCAGCAAGACUGCCAGCGGGGCCCCGUCCAGACCCUCCUGCCGCAAGCUCCCUCCUGGGAGACGCCCCAGGAGCUCCCCCUGGGUUCCCUGCGCCCGACUCAGGCAGCGGAGCCUCGGUUUCCCCCAGGCGAGGGCGCUGCCGGCCCCCUGGGCCUGAGGUUUCUUAGGCUGCCCCCUCCCUAACAGUUGACCGGGCCAGCACAGGGCUCCCCUGUCCUCCUGCCCCUCCUUCACCCCACUUCGGGGGACAUGCAAGGCCUCUGCCCCCAACUCCCUUGCCCGCCUGCCCCUCCGUCUGGGGCCUGUGGCACUCAUCAGUACUUGAUCUGGGAGGCAGCUUAUCUGAGCCUUAAUAGAGAAAACCGUACUUUGUUUAGUUUUUUAUUUAACAUAUUUGCGCCCAGGCUGAGGCUGGCAGCCAUUUCGGGAAACGGGGCCUGCCUGCCGAGUUUUGUCCGGCCCAGAGGCCCGGGGUCACUCAGCUGGCGCCCUGUGGCUCCGAGGACAAGCGCGAGGACUGGGGCCUUGGCUCCUCUUCGGAGUGGGACGCUGGGAGCAGAGGGCUGUUGGUAGACGGGCCCCAGGGCGCCUCGUGCAGGGCUGCCCAGCCAGGCCUAAUGACAGGUACCCAGGCAGCCGGGAUUCCGAGCGUCAGAGGGGACCUGAGGGCCGUGGGGAGGUGGACGGCCAGGUGGCACGUCAGCCGAGGCAGCUGGUCCCCCUGGAGGCUAUUCAGGGAGAAGGGGGUCAGGCCUGUGCCUCCUCCCCAGCCGGGGGUGCUUUCGGAGCACACAGGGCCCGCCAAGGCCCUGCUCUUCCUGGGCCCGCUCCAGGCGUCAGCUGACACGAGUCCGUCCCCCACCCCCCCGCCCCCCG